AUGACAAAGCUGGGACGCUUGGUGAAUGAUGGCAAGAUCACUCAGUUGGAGGACAUCUACCUGCACUCUUUGCCCAUCAAGGAGCCCGAGAUCAUUGACCACUUCUACCCCCCUGGCUCGUUGAAGGACGAGGUGCUGAAGAUCCACCCCGUGCAGAAAAUGACUUCUGCGGGUCAGACCAACCGCUUUGUGUGCUAUGUCCUUGUGGGUGACACGAAUGGCCACAUUGGCUUGGGUUCCAAGUGUGCCAAGGAGGUUGCCACGGCCAUUCGAGGUGGUAUCAUUGCGGCAAAGAUGAAUCUGAUCCCUGUCCGUCGUGGCUUCUGGGGUAACAGGAUUGGUCUGCCCCACACAGUGCCCAUGAAGGUCCAUGGCAAGUGCGGUUCAGUGCGAGCCCGCUUGAUCCCUGCCCCUCGAGGCUCUGGCAUUGUCGGCUCCCCAGUCAUGAAGAAGAUGAUGGCCUUCGCUGGCAUUUCUGAUUGCUUCACUUGCUCUUGCGGCCACACACGAACCACGGCCAACUUUGCAAAGGCGACCUUCGAGGCGCUCAAGGCUACUUAUGGCUACUUGACCCCCGACCUCUGGAAGCCCACGAAUCACGUGAAGUCUCCUUUCCAGGAGUGGUCUGACUACCUCUCACAAUCCAAGCAGGCUGCAACUUACUGA